AUGAGUGCCGCACAUUGUGGUUCUGGCGAGUUGGACUUCAGGCUCAUAUUCGAAGAGGCUACGGCGCAGCCUUUAGGAUCGACAGAUCUUGAGCCUGAUGACAGCACGUCAUUUUAUAUCUUCAAUGUAGACCAGCCUUUAUCAGCAGUAAGCCAGCCCAUUUGUACCCCAUGGCAUGGUCCUCAACCUCACAGCUCAGCUUGCACUCCCACCUCCUGUUUUCAAGGCUUCAAAACCUUUGAUGGCACUAAUGAAGUCCAAGAACAAAAGUGCAAUCCUUCUGGAGUACCAAAGCCUUUUGAAUGUCCCAGCAUUCAGAUUACAUCAAUAUCUCCUAAUUGCCACCAAGAUACUGAAACCACACAAGAACUGCAAAAGGGUGACCUUGAAAAUGAUUACGUUGAAGGGCCUUCUCGUGACCAUCUCCAGCUUGAACCCUCUUAUAGAGAGCCAUCUUUAAGUCCAAGCCCUGGCAGUAGCAUAUCUUCCAGAAGCUGGUUCUCUGAUGCUUCUUCUUGUGAAUCAGUUUCCCACAUCUACGAUGAUGUUGAGUCAGAACUGAAUGAGGCAGCAGCACGUUUUAGCUUGGGCUCACCACUGACCUCUCCCAGUGGCUCUCCCAGAGGCUUUACUAAUGAUGAUGCAUGGCAACCAUUUUGCUAUGGUGCCUCUCUAUCGCCAAGACAGUCCCCAUGCCACUCUCCUAGAACUAGCAUUACUGAUGAAAACUGGCUUAGCCCUCGCCCUACUUCAAGGCCCUCAUCUCCUUAUGGCAAGAGAAGGCACUCCAGUGCAGAAAUCUGCUAUCUAAGUUCACCCCAUCACUCACCCACACCAUCACCUAGCCAGUCUCCCAGGGGAAGUGUUACAGAAGACACAUGGAUUACUUUGUCUCACACUGCAGCAAAUGGUGCAAUCUCCCCCUACUGGUUCUUCACUUCCACUCAGAAAGACUCCUUCACUGAUCAGUUUUUGUCAGUUCCAUCACAUUUUACAUGGAACAAACCAAAAUCUGGGCACACACCUGUAUUUCGGACAUCCUCUCUACCUUCCUUAGAUUGGCCUUUACCCAGCCAUUAUGGACAGUGUGAACUGAAGGUGGAGGUCCAGCCAAAAACUCAUCAUCGAGCACAUUAUGAGACAGAGGGUAGUCGUGGAGCUGUCAAGGCUGCAACUGGUGGUCAUUCAGUCGUGAAGUUGCUAGGUUACACUGAAAAAAAUGUAAAUCUACAGAUGUUUAUUGGAACAGCUGAUGACCGUUACUUGAGGCCUCAUGCAUUUUACCAGGUACAUAGAAUCACUGGGAAAACGGUAGCUACUGCUAGCCAAGAAAUUGUCAUAGCUAGCACCAAAGUCUUGGAAAUUCCACUGUUACCAGAAAACAACAUGUGUGCAAGUAUUGAUUGUGCUGGUAUUCUAAAGCUGCGAAAUUCUGAUAUUGAACUGCGCAAAGGGGAGACUGACAUUGGCAGGAAGAAUACUCGCGUGCGCCUGGUCUUCAGAGCACAUAUACCCCAACCCAAUGGAAAAGUGCUGUCAUUGCAAACUGCCUCUAUACCCAUUGAAUGUUCCCAACGAUCUGCUCAGGAGUUACCUCAAGUGGACACAUAUAGCAUAAAUACCUGCUCAGUAACCGGUGGAGCUGAGAUGAUAAUCACAGGAUCCAACAUCCUUCCUGAAUCAAAAGUAAUUUUUAUUGAGAAAGGCCAAGAUGGACGUCCACAGUGGGAAGCCGGAGCAAAAAUUCUAACUGAAAGGAGAGACCUGGCUGAAGUUGUUGUUGAAAUUCCACCAUACCAUAAUAAAUCAAUUGUAGCCACAGUCCAGGUUCACUUUUAUCUCUGCAAUGGUAAAAGGAAACGAAGCCAAUCCCAGAGGUUUAACUACACACCAGCUUUGCAGAAAGAAAAAUGCACCAAGGAGAAUGAUCUGCCAGCUGUGUCUGAUGCAUCCCUGCACCAUGUUGUUGGUGUUUCUGGGCAACAAGUUCUGCAUUCCGAUAGGCCUUGUUCUGGUCAGAGAUAUAACCAUGAGAAUAUAAUGUGCUCAUUGGAACAGGCUUUUGGAUGCUCUUCUCAAACGGCGUAUUCAACACUGAUGAACAAGAGAGUUCCAGACCUUUCACAAGAUAGGAACAUUAAUGGGAGAUCAGAAUUCCUGUCUUCCCCAGUGCAGCAGUUGUGUCAUUUAUCAUCUUCUGCUACUAGGUCUUCCUAUGCAUAUAUGCAGUCUAAUGUAAUGCACAAUGGACAAUCAAGUCUUCCUCUUCAUUUAGCUCCUGCCCAGGAGUAUGAUCCCUUGAGUUUUCAGCAAGAAAUGACUGUACCUCGGCAGCUUAGCCUUAGUCAUCAGUCCAUGGCAAUUGCAGAGUUCCGUGCCUCCACCACAACCCCUACACCCUCUUUCCCUUCCAUUACUGAACCAUUGAUACAUGUAAUGCAAUCUCCACAGCUUCAGCAGAUCAGUUAUUAUUGUCAAAAUACUGGGCAAAAUACCAUCACUUCAACAAAUCAAUUCUCUGGGCAUCGACCAUCUCAGCUUACAUCUGUUUCUCACAAUCUUACAAAACCUGGCCCUACCUCUUCCCCAACUAGUGCUGCUUUAUCUUCAUUAACACACUCGCCAAUGUUUAGUUCAUCCUCUCCUCAGCUGUCGAAAAUACCGUUCAAAUCUUCCACUUCAGGUGUAGCUGCUUCAUCACCAUCACUCAACCCCAUGGCUCAGUCUGGACAACUAUCUGCUCAAACAAAUAGAGUUGGACUGAGUAGACUUUCCUACCCUGCCACUCAUGGCCACCAAGAAAUUCAGGCAUCUUCUUCAUUCCAUCCUGAUGACUCCUAUUCUGAGGCGCCUGAGGAUGGUGAGCUGGCUUUCCAGACAAUUGGCUUGCAGGACAUCACUCUGGAUGAUGGCACAAUCAAGCUUCAAGACUGGAGCAGAGAAACCCCACACAUCAUACCCAAGCCCCACCCCCGCGGGAUGUGCAGGAAGUGGAAACUGCCACCACAUCAGGAGGUUUUCGUGCUGGUGAUGGUGGAUUGGACACAUACAGCGCCCAGCUGUUAAUUGGAGAGGUGUUGGCCUGCAGGGCUGAAAUCGAGGACAUCCACAUCUGUUUGGGGCAGAUGAGAGAAAAAACAAAAAUAGUGGAGCGAAAACUAAAGAAUGUAAUGGACGUUCUGGGGAGGGUUUAAAAAAACAAAUAUUGACAAAUAUUUCUAACCAA